AUGAGGGCUCUGAUGGAGGAGCAGAGGGUGGAGCUCAGACACACUAAGGCACAAUUGGACACCAUGGAGACCAGACUGAGAGCCAGUGAGAAACUAGUGCAACAACUAAGGAGUGACAUUGCGGUUUCUACAGGGAAUCUGAACCUCACGGGGAGCCAGAUGGAGGAGCUGAGGAGGAAGAGAGAGGAGAGGAGGGUGGCCUUCUCUGCCUCACUGAUAACAUCAGGUCAUGUGUCUGUUGGUCCAGCCAAUACCAAUCUGACACUGAUCUACAGAAAUGUCAUUACUAACAUUGGAGAUGCCUACAACAAUAAGACAGGUAUUUUCACAGCUCCAGUCAGAGGGGUCUACUACUUUACCAUGUUUAUCUAUGGUUCCGGUCAUAAUUGGGUAUCUGUAGGAGCCUCUCUUAGUAAGAAUAAAGAGCAUGUGGUCAUUGCCUACUGUCACCUGCCCCAUGGCAAAGCCAGUGCCUCCAAUGGAGCUUCCUUGCUGCUGGAGGUGGGAGACCAGGUCUUCGUGAUCCUAUAUACUGACUCAUGGGUCCGCGACAGCUAUAACCACCACACCAGCUUCUCCGGUCACCUGCUCUUCCCCAUGUGAAGCGCUGACGAGAAUUAGAUAAUCUAUUCCAUAACAUUCACAGGAGAGGAUUAGUUUUGACUCUAUACUAAG